AUGGAAUCCCACGAGAUGCUGCCCGUCAAGACUGCUCAGGUCAACAUUGAAGACGAGAAGGGCCAGUUUGCGACCCAGUAUCCUGGCCACAGGACCGACGAAACCAGGAACACGUCAACACGAGUCCGAAGACUCUUCAGCUUUGCCCAGAUCUUCUUCUUCGCGCUCAGUUACAUGUCAUCUUGGGAGGCCAUCUCAUCAAACAUUGCAUUCUUCUUCUGGAAUGGCGGUCCUCGCGCUCUUUCGUUCGGCUAUUUUAUCGUCAUCACGGGCGUUAUGUGCCAGGUAGCAUCCAUGGCAGAGAUGGCUUCGGUACAACCCAUUGCAGGUGCACAGUACCACUGGACUCAUUACCUGGCGCCCCCUGCGCACCGGAGAUUCAUCACAUGGAUGCAGGGUUGGAUCACAUGGUUCUCCUGGAUCUCACUGUUGGCGGGCGUGGCCAACAUUGCUGCGUUGAUGAUCCAAGCUCUGGUCAUCGCAAGCUACCCAACUUAUGUCCCUCAUGGCUGGCAUGUGACCCUGAUCAUCUACGCCUUGCUCAUUGUCCAGGGCUUGAUGAACCAGUUUGCCUUCUGGACGAUUCCGUGGAUUGAAAUGUUGUCCGGGCUUCUGCACGUUAUCAUGUGGAUUGUGUUCGUCUCAGUUCUGGUCACGUUGGCCCCCCGACACAGUGCGGACUUUGUCUUCUUGGAGAAGUCGGCCCUUUCCGGAUGGACCAAUGAAUACGUCUCCUUCAACUUGGGCAUGCUCACAGCCACCUGGGGAUUUGUCGGAUUCGAUGGAGCCGUCCACAUGUCUGAAGAAGUACGAAAGGCGCGACAUGCAGUACCGAGAGCCAUGUUCUGGAGUAUCGUCAUGAACGGUGCCCUUGCUUACGGCAUGGUUCUUGUCAUCCUGUUUUGCUCUGGAAACGUCGAGGACCUCCUGUCUUCGGGAUACCCGCUCCUUUUGAUCUGCAUCAAUGCGACCCAGUCUGUCAAGGCCGGUUCGGCAAUGGUCGGUCUGUCGAUGAUUGUCACUCUGGCUUGCAACUUGGGCAGCAUUGCAUCUGCAUCUCGACUGACCUGGGCCUGGUCUCGUGACGGGGCGUUGCCUGCAUACUUUGCGAAAAUCGACCCGAAGCACCGCAUUCCUGUCCGAUCUGUCUGGCUACCAGUGUUCAUCGUCAUGCUGUUGGCUCUGCUUAACAUUGGCAGCAGCAUUGCAUUCAACGUCAUCGUUGCUCUGUCGACACUUGGCCUGUACCAGUCGUACUUGAUGGCCGUUGCCUGCAUGCUGUGGGCUCGGUGGGACAACCGAGUCGAGCCCUCUGGUUGGUCUCUCGGUCGCUUCGGCGUCUACAUCAACAUCUUCGCGGUCGUGUACUCGGCAUACAUCAUGGUCUUCCUCUGCUUCCCAUCUUUCCUGCCGGUGACGGCUGCGGGCAUGAACUAUGCACUCCCUAUCAACGCGUUUGUGCAGCUGGUGGCGCUUGCGCUCUGGUUCCUCUGGGCCAAGAACAACUGGAAGGGACUCAACAAGAACGUUAUUGACGCUGUGGUGGCUGAUUCGGACAGAAAUACAAAGGAUUAA